AUGGCUACCGCAUCCUCCCUCCGCUCACCUCCUCAAAAAUGGUCUCUUAACGACCUGAGCUCUGAGCUGCUAGCUCUGAUUUUCGAGCAGCUUAGAGAAAUUGACGAGCGUGCUGUUGCCGCAUCACGAUGCAUAUCAAAACGUUUUGAUGCGAUAGCGACCCCCGUAACGUACCAGACUUUACGUCUUAAUGAGCGCAUUGUGGCGCCCGACGCCGAAGCGCUGUUUCCUAAUCUUCUGCGCCAUGUUUCGACCUUUACCAACCACGUGGUCGUUCGCAGCGACCUGGACCCGGACGGCAUUCGGAGAGUGCUGGAUCGGGUUCAAAGGCUCAAAACUGUGCGGUGGCAGUAUGUAGACGCGGAGUUCAGAUCAGGGCGACUAUGGCUUCCGUCAGACGUGCUUAACCCACAGCAUACGCGGUUCAACGGGACCAAGCUGUUUGUAGAGGAUCUUCCACUCCGAGAGUUCGAGGGGCAGCUGCGAGACACCUACGUUCGAGCGAUACCUACCGACCUCCUUGUUUCCCUCAAACUGGCGAGCCCUGCACCACCGCUCACGACCCGGCUCAACUCGCUGAAACAGCUUCUCCUGCUGUCGCGCCGUCUCCAGACCUUCCACUACGAAGACCGAGGCCAGGGCACGAACUUCAAGUUUGCGAAUGGUGAGCGAAUGCCUCCGCUGAAGGACCUGGUGCUUAAGUCGUACGAUUGGAACCACUCCAAGGAGGAGACGCGUGCGUGUUGGGAUUUCGCCAAUCUCGAGUCGCUCGAUCUGAUAUCCGUCCCGGUCUUCAAUUUCCUGUCUUCCGUCGACUUCACCGAUUUGACAGGCCUACGACGGUUGCACUGCGAAGACUACAGUGCACACUUGGUGGACAAACGCCAGGAGGCGACAGGGGGCAUGUAUUUGCUUGUAGCCAACCACAUACGGGCGCUGCAGACGCUGAGUAUGACAUGCCACGUCCAGCUCUUUCCCUUGGACGGUAUCUUGAGGCAUGGAAACUCGCUACAAGAACUUCGAUUCCGCGAUCACGUGGGAUUUGGCGAAGAGGACAGACGAUGCCCGACCCUCUGGGCUGAAGACAUCGCGACGUUAGCGCAAGGACUGCCGUACGUCCAUACGCUCGAGUUGGACAUGGACGUAGCUCUCUGCGACCCUCCCCAAUUCCUGCGCGCCCUCUGCAGCUUCCGCAGUUUGCAGACUCUCACACUCCACGUGCAAACGGUCCUCCAUCCUCUGGAGGUCGUUCACCCGGGCAUGGACCGCGACUACGACGCAGCUGUCCGCACCUUCCAGUUCCUGUUGAGCGGAAGGGAGCAUACCAACCCCGAGCUGCCCUGGAAGCAAAUCACCAUCAACGUGGGCGGCUGGCGGAAAGUCAUGGUUCGCCGGUUCAGUGCCGCCUGGCGCCGGCAGAACGAGAACGGCGUCUACGCCGAGCGAUGUUUUGUGCUUGAAAGGAAUGAAUAUGGACAGAUGAACUACCGCGAGGAGAUGAGCGUGGAGGGACGCUCGUCAACGCCAACGCCUGACCCACCAACACCUAACAUGGAUACUGAUUACGACUGA